AUGGUGAAUGCUUCUUUCACCUUGAGAUCUCUUGCUCUUAUAAACUUGAGAAGGACCACAUCACUUCUCUCAUCUGAUAAAAGGGGUAUUCUCCAUAUAGAUACUUCAUCUGAUGGUGGUGGUGGUGACUCCUCCAUUUUUGGUGCCUCUGCCACCGUGGUUGGUGGCUCCUCCACCGCCGCCGGUACUUCAACAAUUGUUUGCUUAAUUUUUUCAGCUGCCCCUACCUUCUCCUCCGCCGUGGCCGGUGGUUCCGGUGCCGGUACCGGAGUUGGUUCCAGCACCGGUGGAGUUAAUUUUUCCUCUGUUUUCUCCAAUUUCUUAGUUUCAACUGCCACUGUUACCGGCUCCGGAGCUGGCGACUCUGUAAUUGGUUCUGCCUCCUUUGCCGGCGGCGAUGGAAGUGGUGGAGGGGCUCUUGAAUUAAUUGUUUGA